AUCUGCCCAUGUGUCUCUUCUCGGGUUGCUAGCGGCCAUGAGGGAUCUUCUUCAGUAUGUUGCCUGUUUCUUGGCUCUUUUCUCCACCGGGUUUUUGAUUGUGGCCACCUGGACAGACUGCUGGAUGGUAAAUGCUGAUGACUCGCUAGAGGUGAGCACAAAAUGCCGAGGCCUCUGGUGGGAGUGUGUCACCAAUGCUUUUGAUGGAAUUCGAACCUGUGACGAGUAUGACUCCAUAUAUGCAGAACACCCCUUGAAGUUGGUGGCAACCCGGGCGCUGAUGAUUACAGCAGACAUUCUUGCUGGCUUUGGAUUUAUCACCCUGCUCCUUGGUCUUGACUGUGUGAAGUUCCUACCAGGCGAGCCGCGCAUUAAAGUCCGCCUCUGCUUUGUAGCUGGGACCACAUUGCUUAUUGCAGGUGCUCCUGGAAUCAUUGGUUCUGUGUGGUAUGCUGUGGAUGUUUAUGUCGAGCGUUCUUCUCUGAUUAUACACAAUAUAUUUCUUGGGAUCCAAUAUAAAUUUGGCUGGUCCUGCUGGCUUGGAAUGGCUGGGUCUUUGGGUUGCUUUUUGGCUGGAGGCCUCCUCACUUGCUGUUUGUACCUCUUUAAAGAUGUUGGACCUGAGAGGAACUAUCCUUAUACCAUGAGGAAGCGGUAUUCCACUGCAGGUGCUUCCAUGGCUAAAUCCUAUAUGGCCCCUCGGACAGAGACAGCGAAAAUGUAUGCUGUAGACACCAGGGUGUAA